AUGAGUUUGGUUGCUAUGCUAUGGGUGUGUAAGUACUGGUAGGAAUUUUUCUAUCUGAUAAACAAAAGUCCCCAAUGUUUUAUCGCUUUUCUUUCUACUCGCUUCUUUCAUAAUUUCGGUUUCUCUCUCACCUAUUUGAAAGGUAAAUCUUUGUAAGGAAUUAAUUGCAAUGAGAGAAUUAUUCCGGGAUUCAACGUUUGGACAUGUAGUUCGGCUGGUGACUAGAGGGAGGGUUCUGCAGUUUGAGGAGGAGAGCAAUCCGUCGUUAUGGGAGAGAUAUGUGGAUAGGGAAAAGUCGGGGAGGAUGGUAUGUUAUGUUGAUUGACCUGACUUACGUCCCCGUUUCUCUUCUUCUUCCUCUUCUUCUUCGUUAGGGGCCUUGAAGUUCGAGUUCGUGCUAAUAGUAUGUGAUAUGUGUAGGCACAUCACGGCCAUGUUGGAGAGGAAGAAAAGGGGCCUUCGAAAGAGACGGAAGGUAAUUACCAUGAUGGACGCCAAAGCGAACAGAGGCAAACCAACGCAGAAGACAACCGGGUCAGUUCAGAUACUAGGACGGAAAGCAACGAACAGCAACGAAACGCAGCAAGUGGUGCGGCUGUGGAUCCCGAAAAAGGGAGGGAUGUGACAGUCGUCACUUGGUAUGGCGAACAUGAUCCAGAAGUGAGCUACUUACCCACCCAGUUCCACGGUUUGUUUUGCCGUUGCUAAGAAGUAUAUACGAAUUAGCAUCCGUUGAACUGGUCUACACCUAAGAAAGUCUUCGUCGCCUUUUUGAUUUGUUUUCUUACGACCUCGGUCUAUAUUGGAUCAUCUAUUUAUUCGGCUGGUACAGUAGGAGUUAUGGAACAAUUUGGCGUUAGUCAGGUCGCGGCGAUGCUGGGCUUGUGUCUUUUCGUUGCUGGGUACGGGUUAGGGCCAAUGGUAGGUCUUCCUAUUUACUCCUUCCUUUAACAAUAUCGGGGAGUUUUUCGAAAAUCCGCAUCCCAAAAUCCUUAGUAGCUUUUAAACUUCACCUGUUCAUAUGCGCAAACUAAUUACCCUCCUCAAUCCCAGGUUUGGGCACCUGCUAGCGAGAUACCCCAGAUUGGUCGCAACCCAGUCUACAUAGGGACGCUGGUUGUCUUUGUCUUCUUCCAAUUCGGCGUUAUAUACGCGAAGAACUUUGGUAUGCUCCUGGCCUUCCGCUUUCUUACUGGCUUCUUUGGAUCGCCUGUCCUGGCGACGGGUGGCGCGUCCCUGGGAGAUAUCUAUCGGCCCUCAACACGCGCUUAUGCUAUUGCGAUCUGGGGGAUGGCGGCUGUGUCAGGUCCGGUUUUGGGGCCGCUGGUUGGAGGUUUUGCCGCGCAACAUAGAGGGUGGCAAUGUAACUGAUAAAAUCUUUUUGGGGGUGGAGGAAGGGGUCCUGUUCAUGAGCAUGCCUACUAUACAUUUAUUAGGGUUGUUUUGUGGGGAUAUCUGGUAGAACCAGUCAGCCUGGGUCCUGCUUCUUUUGAGCUACCUGUCUCCCACUUCUUCAUACCCUUAACCGAGUCCCGAAUCUCUUUCUCGCUUCUCCCCCUACACCCAACUCCCAACUACUAUCUCUCACAUAACACAGCUCUAACACACCAUAGGGACUCUUUGGGAACUCCUCUGGCUCUCCGGUUUCUGUCUCAUUAUAUUUACUCCCCGAGACCUCGUCAGCUAACAUCCUCUAUCGCCGCUCACGACGUCUACGAAAGCUCACGGGGCGCAACGAUCUUAAAUGUGAGCCGGAAAUCCAAAGCGAGCAGAUGACAGGCAAAGACAUUACCCUGAUGGUGCUCAUCCGUCCGUUUAGUCUCACGUUCACGGAACCGAUCCUGUUCCUGCUAAAUCUGUAUAUUGCGCUCAUAUAUGGGUUGCUGUAUAUCUGGUUUGAAAGUUUUGCUAUUGUGUUUAUUGAGGUCUAUGGGUUUAAUCUUGGGGAAGAGGUAGGUUCUUUUUCAUGUCGAUGGGAGAGAUACGUACUUAUAUGUCACAGGGACUCUCCUUCUUAGGCAUCUUCAUUGGAGCUCUCGUAGUGAUUCCUCCAUUCUUGCUCAUCGAGUUCAAGAGCCUCAGUUCAAUGAGAAUGGCGAGCUGAAGCCCGAGAAGCGUCUCCCGCCGGCCUUUGUGGGCGCAUUCUGCAUCCCUAUCUGUCUCUUCUGGUUCGGUUGGUAAGAACAGCUAUUAUAACCUCCCCCUCUCACCUACCCAAGCUUUAUAACCAAAACUAAUACACCAACCACCACUCUAGGACCUCACAACCACAAAUCCACUGGAUUGUGCCCAUCAUCGGCUCGAGCUUCUUUAGUACCGGCGCCUUUCUGCUUUUCAACAGCGUGCUCAACUAUCUGGGCGACGCAUACCCGGAUCACGCGGCGAGCGUCUUUGCUGGCAACGAUUUUCUGCAUAGCAGUUUUGGCGCUGGCUUCCCGUUGUUUGCGAACGCCAUGUAUCGCCGGCUCGGCACCGUGUGGGCGAGUAGUUUGCUCGGCUUUUUGAGUAUAGCGUUUAUCCCCAUCCCGUUUGUACUAUACUUUUAUGGCGAGAGAAUUAGGAAAGCGAGUAAGAGGGCGAGACAUGAUCUGUAG